ACAGAAAUCCACGUCAGGUUUUGCCGGCAGCUCCCGAGCACACAUCGCCCUCCACUCUCUCUGCACUAGCUCUUAGCUACCUUACCUUUGGAAAGCCCAUUCUCCUCUAUGCUAAGGCUGCUUCUCUCAGCGCCGACAGCAGGAUUCCAAACCAAAGCUGUUUGAAACACGCCGGCUCUCCUAGACGCUCGUCCCGCUACGGAGAAGCUCCAACAGGAUUGAAUUAAACAAAAAAGACGGGCCUUUUCUUUUCUUCUUUUUUCUUUGUUUUGGUGUUUUUUUUACCUCAGAAGAGAGCUGGAGCUGGUUGACUGACUCGCACCUCCGCUCAUCUUCAGCCUUAACGUUACUUCUCCGCAUCUUUUAGUUCAGUCGGAGAAGAGGAGGAAAGCCGAGGCUGAACGCUGUGUUUUUAACAACUAAAGCUCAGAAGUCCGAAAGUGAGCUGUCGUGGGACUGUUGGGACGGUUCUGGCUCUGGCCGAAAUGUGAAGAGUCCGAGAGCCCCGCACACCUUCAGCCGCAAAGGCGCUCUCCGUCCCGGGCGAGCCGAGCAUGUACCACAGCUUCAGAGCUUCCAACUCAACGCCGCUGGUCGUGCUUCGAGCCGCGGAGGAGCUCCUUCAGCCUCCACCGUCCACCCCUUUUCACAUUUUUUUGAAACCGACCGAAUCUCUCAGAGAGGUGCGGAUCCUAAUGAUGAGUGUCUUUGAGAUCCGUUCUCAUGGACUGUUGUGACUGCAGUGACUUCCGGCCAAACAUGAGGAGAGUGUCCAAGCCAAGCACAAUGGCAUGCUCAGCGUGGAGUCUCUCAACCCUCUGCUGCCUGAUGUUUGCUUUGGCUGCUAUACAAUGCACUGAAGGGUUCAGUCGGGCAGCAUUGCCGUUUGGUCUGGUCAGGCGGGAGCUGUCAUGUGAGGGUUACCCCAUUGACCUGCGCUGUCCAGGAAGUGAUGUCAUCAUGAUCGAGAGUGCUAAUUACGGGCGGACGGAUGACAAGAUCUGUGACGCCGACCCCUUCCAGAUGGAAAACAUCAACUGCUACCUCCCUGAUGCAUACAAGAUAAUGUCCCAAAGGUGCAAUAAUCGAACCCAGUGUAUUGUCAUUACUGGAUCGGAUGUCUUCCCUGACCCUUGCCCAGGAACUUACAAAUACCUUGAGGUCCAGUAUGAGUGUGUCCCCUAUAUUUUUGUUUGUCCUGGAACUCUGAAAGCUGUUGGAGAUCCUUCCUUUCUCUUUGAAGCGGAGCAGCAAGCCGGGGCCUGGUGCAAGGACCCACUUCAGGCCGGCGACAAAGUUUACUUUAUGCCCUGGACUCCAUACCGAACUGAUACUCUCAUCGAGUACUCAUCGCUCGAUGACUUCCAGAACUCACGACAAACCACGACAUACAAACUGCCCCAUCGAGUGGAUGGGACCGGAUUCGUGGUAUAUGACGGGGCUGUGUUUUUUAACAAGGAAAGAACGCGCAAUAUAGUAAAGUUCGACCUCCGGACCCGCAUCAAGAGUGGCGAAGCCAUCAUCAACAACGCCAACUACCAUGACACCUCGCCAUACAAGUGGGGUGGAAAGACAGACAUUGACCUGGCGGUGGAUGAGAACGGCCUGUGGGUGAUCUAUGCCACCGAGCAGAACAAUGGCAUGAUGGUCCUGAGCCAACUGAACCCCUAUACACUGCGCUUCGAGGCCACAUGGGAGACAGCCUACGACAAGCGUUCAGCCUCCAACGCCUUCAUGAUCUGCGGCGUCCUCUACGUGGUCAGGUCCACGUACGAGGACAACGAGAAUGAAGUCAGCAAAGGCCUCGUCGAUUACAUCUACAACACCAAGCAGAGCCGCGGCGAGUUUGUGGAUAUUAACUUCCCCAAUCAGUACCAGUACAUCGCAGCUGUGGAGUACAACCCCAGGGACAACCAGCUCUAUGUGUGGAAUAACUUUUACAUCCUGCGCUACAACCUAGUUUUCGGACCACCUGAUCCAGCUCACGCACCACCUAUCUCUGAAGUCACCUCGGCACCAGUGCUGCCGCGAACAACGACUACUACGACGACAACAACAACCCAACAAAAAGGCCUAGUGACGACCAUAACCACUACGGGGACGCGAGUUGGUAACAAACCCCCAAAACCCCCAGCAGCUCCGCCCCGGACCACUACUCCUCCGUCCCUGGACUCCUUCCCUCCCCCUGAGCGCUUCUGUGACAGCGUGGAGCGCAGGGACAUUAUUUGGCCGCAGACUCAGAGGGGCAUGCUAGUGGAGCGGCCUUGCCCCAAAGGAACCAGAGGCACUGCCUCCUACCUGUGUGUGCUCUCCACUGGGGCUUGGCACCCGAAAGGCCCUGAUCUAAGCAACUGCACCUCCCACUGGGUCAAUCAAGUAGCUCAGAAGAUCCGGAGCGGGGAGAAUGCAGCCAACCUGGCCAACGAGCUGGCCAAGCACACCAAAGGACCCAUCUUCCCCGGUGACAUCAGCUCCACCAUGAGGCUCAUGGAGCAGCUGGUGGACAUCUUGGAUGCUCAACUGCAAGAGCUGAGGCCUAGCGAGAAGGACUCUACUGGACGGAGCUUCAACAAGCUUCAAAAACGAGAAAGGACAUGCAGGGCGUUUAUGAAGGCUAUCGUGGAUACGGUUGACAACCUCCUCCGUCCUGAGGCUCUGAAGUCCUGGCGAGACAUGAACAGCACAGAGCAGACGCACGCUGCAACCAUGUUACUGGAUACUCUGGAGGAAGGAGCUUUCGUCCUUGCUGACAAUCUUAUGGAACCAGCCAUCGUGAAAGUGCCAGCUAGCAAUAUAAUUCUUGAUGUUUACGUGCUGAGCACAGAUGGCCAGGUGCAGGAUUUCAAGUUUCCACAGAGCAGCAAGGGCGGUAUAUCUAUCCAGCUGUCCGCCAAUACUGUUAAGCUGAACAGUCGGAACGGUGUUGCCAAGUUGGUUUUUGCUCUGUACAAAAAUCUGGGCCAGUUCUUGAGCACAGAGAACGCAACGAUCAAACUGGGCAGCGAGGCUCACGGCCGCAACCUCUCAGUGGCGGUAAACUCUGACGUCAUCGCCGCCUCAAUCAACAAGGAGUCCAGUCGCGUCUUCAUAACGGAGCCGGUGAUUUUUACCCUGGAACACAUCGAUAUGCAACACUACUUCAACUCAAACUGCUCCUUUUGGAAUUACUCUGAGAGGAGCAUGAUGGGAUACUGGUCCACACAAGGUUGCAGGCUCAUUGAUUCCAACAAAACCCACACAACCUGCUCCUGCAGCCAUCUCACAAAUUUUGCCAUUCUCAUGGCUCAUCAAGAAGUAUUGGGCCCGGACGGCGUACACAAGUUGCUCCUGACAGUCAUCACGCGAGUGGGCAUCGUGGUUUCCCUCAUCUGCCUUGGCAUGUGCAUAUUCACUUUCUGCUUCUUCCGAGGCCUGCAGAGCGACAGGAACACGAUCCACAAAAACUUCUGCAUAAACCUCUUCAUUGCUGAACUCACCUUUCUAAUUGGCAUCGAUAUGACAGAGUACAGGAUUGACUGUUCGGUCAUUGCUGGGAUCUUGCAUUAUUUCUUCCUGGCCUCUUUUGCUUGGAUGUGCUUGGAGGGAGUUCAGCUCUAUCUCAUGCUGGUGGAGGUCUUCGAGAGCGAAUAUUCACGGAAGAAAUAUUAUUACGUCUCGGGCUACCUCCUUCCUGCCAUUGUGGUGGGGGUCUCUGCGGUCGUGGACUACAGAAGCUAUGGGACGACAAAAGCAUGCUGGCUGAGAGUGGACAACCACUUCAUUUGGAGCUUCAUUGGGCCUGUUACCUUCAUCAUUAUGCUUAAUCUCAUCUUCCUGGUCAUCACAAUGUACAAAAUGGUGAAGCACUCCACUUCAUUGAAACCUGACUCCAGCAGGUUGGAAAACAUAAAGUCCUGGACCCUAGGAGCUUUCGCCCUGCUGUGUCUUGUGAGCCUCACCUGGUCCUUCGGUUUGUUCUUCAUCAAUGAGAAAUCAGUGGUGCUGGCUUAUCUCUUCACCAUCUUCAACACCUUCCAGGGGAUGUUCAUCUUCAUCUUUUACUGCUUGCUGCAGAAAAAAGUUCGCCGUGAGUACAGCAAAUGUUUCCGCCACACAUACUGUUGCGGUGGCUUGCCAACUGAGAGCUCCCACAGUUCCACAAAGACAGCAACAACAAGGACAAGUGCACGCUACUCCUCUGGCACUCAGAGUCGAAUCAGGAGGAUGUGGAACGACACUGUAAGAAAGCAAUCUGAAUCCUCCUUUAUCUCAGGGGACAUCAACAGCACAUCAACCCUCAACCAAGGAAUGACGGGCAAUUAUCUACUAACAAACCCACUUCUACGGCCCCAAGGCACUAACAACCCAUACAAUACCUUACUGGCCGAAACGGUCGUAUGUAACACUCCUACGGCUCCUGUCUUUAACUCUCCAGUGACCUACAGAGAGACAAGACACUCAAUGAACAAUGCCAGGGAUACAAGUGCAAUGGAUACUCUACCGCUAAAUGGUAACUUCAACAACAGCUACUCGCUUCGGAACGGCGACUACGGCGACAGCGUGCAGGUGGUGGACUGCGGACUUGGCCUGGACGACGCUGCCUUUGAGAAGAUGAUCAUCUCGGAGCUCGUGCACAACAACCUCAGGGCCUGUGGCAAAAGCCACCGCUCUGAGUCACGCAUUAACACCAAAAAGGCGGCGGGGGCAGACGUCGGCAGCCAGGACAACAUUAUUGUAGCCGAAACUUCGUCUUUGGUGCACUUGGGCACUGAGAGUAAUCAUAUAGUGGGGGGGCUGAGCCUGCACCCCCAUCACCACCAUACCCACAACCCCCACCAUCCACGUGAACUGGAGGCCCCAUUAAUUCCUCAGCGGACUCACUCGCUCCUGUACCACACACAGGAGAGAGUGAGGACCGAGUCGGCUGCCCCGCUGCCGCCCCAUAGCUACGCCACCCAGCUCCCCGCCCAGCUCCAGGCCCAGGACAGCCUGCAGUCGCCCAACAGAGACUCGCUGUACGCCAGCCUGCCCAAUCUGAGAGACUCACCCUCGGCCGAGAGCGGCCCAGACACGCUCGAGGACCUCUCGCCCUCUAAACAAAGCGAAAGUGAGGACGUUUACUACAAGAGCAUGCCCAACUUAGGGGCUAGCAGCCAGCAGCUCCACGCCUACUAUCAGAUAAGCAGGGGAAGCAGUGACGGUUACAUAAUCCCCAUCACUAAAGAGGGCUGCAUCCCGGAGGGAGAUGUACGAGAAGGACAGAUGCAACUAGUCACAAGCCUUUAAAAAAAAAAAAAA